AUAUAGCACUUUUCCAUUAAGAAGAAAAAAAAGAUGAACAGAAAAAACAUGGAGAGCAAUGGGGAGAGCCAUAGCAGUAGAAGUGGUAGCUUCAGGGAGGGGUUCGGGUUGGCUCCGAACGAGGCAAAAGUUCACACUUUGGUUGAGCUUGGUAGUGUUGAUUAUACACACACUACUACUACUAGUCUUCUUCAAGAUGGUGAUGAUGAUGAUGUUGGUGAGGAGAGAGAGAAAGAGCAAAGAAAACCUCUUACAAACUCUCUAUCUCCUAGGCAGAUGAAGUCCCUUGUUGCUCUUUGUGACACCCUCUUACCUUCCAUCAACAACAACAACGUUGUUUGGGGCUCUGAUGAUGAAUCUGUUGCCAACUUCUACAAGACUUCGGCUUCCCUGGCUGGAACACCUGAGCAUCUUGGGAUAUUGAUAAGUGAGAAGCUGAAGCACCCAAGUACAUGGCUGUUGUUGCUGACACUAUGGCUACUAUCCACAUGGUUUGGCACAUUCAUACUGUGUGGUACGUUGAGCCUCUCAACAAAGUUUCCUUUCUUCCAUAGCUACCCAGAAUUGUCUCUUCUCAAACGGCAAAAAGUUAUGCAGUCUUGGUCUCUCAGUUACCUUCGACCCCUUAGGAUGUUCUUCAGAACCAUCAAGCUUCUCACUCUCCUUGUCUUCUUCACUCAGCUAGAUGAAGCAGAAGACAACCCAUCAUGGAAGGCAAUUGGGUAUUGUGGACCUGAUCCAGAGUUCAAAUCACAGUUGAAGAACCACUUCUUUACAAAGCAAAGAGGACAAGAAGAAAAAGAAGAUGAUGGCACUGAAGAUGUUAGAGGACCUCUUUACAAAGGUCUUAUCCGCAUAAAUAACCCACGAGACAUCAUUACAGAUUCUCUAAGACGAGUUGGAUUCUCUGUCUCUGCUACUCCCAAAAAGACCAAGGCUUCUACCCUAUCAUCUCCUUCUCUAGUUAUAAAAUGUGAUGCAGUGGUUGUUGGUUCUGGCUCUGGAGGAGGGGUAGUAGCUGGAGUUCUUGCAAAUGCUGGUUACAAAGUUCUGGUCUUGGAGAAAGGAAGCUAUUCUGCUAGGAACAAUCUUUCCCUUCUUGAAGGACCAAGCAUGGAUCAAAUGUACCUCUCCAAUGGUUUGGUUGCUACAAACGACAUGUCUGUGCUAAUACUAGCAGGCUCCACAGUUGGUGGAGGGUCUGCAAUCAACUGGUCGGCCAGCAUUAGAACUCCUCAACAUGUGUGCAAGGAGUGGUGCGAUCGCCACGAGCUCGAACUAUUCGAGAGUAUGUUGUACAAAGAAGCCUUGGAUGUUGUGUGUGAGAAAAUGGGAGUGCAAUCUGAGAUUGAUGAUGAAGGGUUCAACAAUGCUGUUUUAAGAAGAGGGUGUGUAGAAAUGGGGUAUCCUGUGUGCAACAUUCCCAGGAAUGCUACAUCUGAUCACUACUGUGGCUGGUGUUGCUUGGGGUGCAAGGAUGGAAGGAAGAAAGGUACAUUGGAAACAUGGCUUGUGGACUUGGUGAAAUCAGGGAAUGGUGCAAUCAUUCCAAGUUGUGAGGCUAUUCAAGUCUUGCAUAAGAAAAAGAAAGGAAGGCACAGAAAAAUAGCAAGGGGUGUGGCUUUUGCAAUUGAAUACAAGGGGAAAAAGGACAUUUGUGUAGUGGAGUCAAAGGUCACAAUUGUUGCUUGUGGAGCACUUAGUACUCCAGCAUUGCUUAAAAGAAGUGGAUUGAAGAAUGAAAACAUAGGGAGAAACUUGCACCUUCAUCCAGUGGCAAUGGCUUGGGGCUACUUCCCUGAUUCACCUUCACCUGAGUUGUGGCCUGAGAAACAUAAGAAGAGCUAUGAAGGAGGGAUUAUGACAGCAAUGUCCACAGUUGUUGCACAGUUUGACAAAUCUGGAUAUGGUACAGUGAUCCAGACACCUGCAUUGCAUCCUGGUAUGUUCUCAAUUCUAAUGCCAUGGACUUCUGGUGCGGAUAUAAAAGAUCGAAUGCGCAAGUUCUCUAGAACGGCUCAUGUGUUUGCGCUGGCAAGGGAUCAAGGAUCAGGAACUGUGAAUUCGCCUUCGUGUAUAAGUUAUCAGUUGAAAGACAUUGACAAAGAGAAUUUAAAGGUUGGACUUGAGAAGGUACUGAGGAUUCUUGCAGCAGCUGGAGCUGAAGAAAUUGGGACACACAACAACAAGGGAAGGAGAAUAAAUGUGAAGCAAGUGAGCUAUCAUGAGUUUGAGAAAUUUGUGAAAGAGGAAAGUUCAAUGUCUUUGACAGACAUUUCAACCCCAUUGUGUUCAGCACAUCAAAUGGGAAGCUGUAAAAUGGGUACUAAUCCAAGGGAAUCAGUUGUGAACCAAAUGGGAGAGACAUGGGAAGUGGAGGGUCUUUAUUUGGCAGACUCAAGUGUGUUUCCCACAGCUUUGGGUGUGAAUCCAAUGGUCACUGUUCAGGCUAUUUCUUACUGCACAGCACAAUAUGUUCUUGAAGUUCUUAGAAGGAAAAGAAAGUGAAGAGAAAAGAGAAACAAAAAAACUUUUGCUGUGCUAAAAGCACUUCAGUUUCAAUAAUAUUAAGGGUGAUGUUCAAUUCAACAAUCAAUCAAAAAGUAGCAUGCUAGAAGCAUUAGUGUAUUCCACAUACCAGUGGAUAUAUUUUUACUUUUGUAAUAUCAGAUAUAUAGGCCAUUAGGCCAUGUUUUUUUAAACUUCUCUAUAAGCAUCUAUAGGAGAAAGAAACAUAAAGGUAAAGUGAAUAGUCUUUCUCUCCUAAAUAAAAUCAAUUUAUGCA